AUGGGGACCCCCUUCCCAUGGGUGGUGCUGGUGCUCACUGUGGCACUGGUGGGGCUGUCGGCUCCCCGUGCAGUGUAUGGGCAACCCAACUUCAUCAUCAUCCUGGCAGAUGAUGUGGGUUGGGGGGAUCUAGGGGCCAACUGGGCAGAGACAAAGGAGACCCCGCAUUUGGAUGAGUUGGCUGCUGAAGGGACAAGGUUCGUGGAUUUCCACUCGGCCGCGUCCACCUGCUCCCCAUCCCGCGCCUCUCUGCUCACGGGGCGUCUUGGCGCACGCAAUGGGGUGACCCACAACUUCGCUGUCACGUCGGUCGGUGGCCUCCCCUUGAAUGAGACCACCCUGGCCGAGGUCCUGCGAGAGGCUGGGUACAGCACGGGGGCUAUAGGCAAGUGGCACCUGGGACACCAUGGCCACCAUCACCCCAGCUUCCGUGGCUUUGACUACUACUUUGGGAUCCCCUACAGCCAUGACAUGGGCUGCACGGACACCCCUGGCUACAACCUGCCACCCUGCCCACCCUGCCCGCGGCACAACACGACUGCCAGGGUGGUGAGAAAGGAUUGUUACGUGGAGGUGGCCCUUCCUCUCUUCGAGAACGUCACCAUCAUCCAACAGCCCGUCAACCUCAGCAGCCUGACAGAACGCUACGCAGAGGAGGCAACACGGUUCAUCCAGCAGGCGAGUGACAGUGGACGCCCCUUCUUCCUCUACCUGGCGCUGGCCCAUAUGCACGUCCCACUGGAGGUCCCCUCGCUGCCACCACCCACCUCGGGCUGGGACAUCUAUGGAGCCUCCCUGAGAGAGAUGGAUGCCCUGGUGGGACGGAUAAAACAGGUCGCUGACAACCAUGGAAAGGGCAACACGCUCCUGUGGUUCACAG